AUGCGCAUAUUAUCUUUGAAAUCGUCAUUGAAGAUAAAAAAGGUUUAUGGCGAUUGGCAAGUUCAUACGUCACAACUUCUUCCCAUAACUGGAUUCUUCAUCGGCAAGUUUCUAGACGAUCAAGAAACAUUAAGAAUGACCAACUUUAGGGACAAGUCUUGCUUAUAUGGGGGCAAUGUAAAGGAAGGUGAUCCUCCAUCGUGGCCUUGA